UAUAAUUUUACGACAAUAUGUCAUGGCAGCCUCCAUCAUUUCAGAACACACGAAAAUACGAGUAAGCUCAGUGUUAAACCGUGACACUAAACAGUUUGGAAAAAAACAUCUACUAGAUCACAUUGAGGACACAUGUUGGAACUCCGAUCAGGGUUCUCCACAGUGGAUUAUUCUCGACUUAGGAAAAACACUUCACAUCACCGAGAUACACAUUCAGUUCCAAGGUGGCUUUGCUGGCAAGGAAUGUUGGGUAGAGGGCAGCACUUCAGAUUCAAAUUUCAAGAAAAUAACCAGCAUAUAUCCAGAAGAUAUCAACUCAAAGCAGAUUUUCAGAAUGCCAGAAGACGCCAGCCCUAUUGAGUGCGUGAAGAUUGUAUUUAACAGCAGUACAGAUUUUUACGGGAGAGUAACAAUAUAUUGUGUAGAUGUUAUAGGCCGACCAGCAUAACUUGGCAUCUACUCCCUGAAUAUGGCCACGGCCCCAGCUACAUGUACAUGUUUGUGAUACAAGACACACCUGAUCGGCCAAGCCAUGGCUCACUGAAUGAUCUGCCUGGUUUGUUUUCAUGGCCGACUCUGUAUGAACAUGUAGACAUGACACAGACCGAGUGAACUGAUUUCUUGAAGUUGUACCACUUCAUGAAAACAAGUAAUAACUGAAAACUAGUACUCUGAGGUUGAAUAUGUUCCAGGGAUGAAGAUAUUCAGAUAUCAGUCUAAAAAACUAAUUAUGAGAUGUCAUUUGAGUGUUUUUCUUAAAUUGUUUUAAUUCAGUAUUUUUGCAGAUCUGUAAUUAACGUGGUGAUGUCACAAAUUUCUGGGGUCCGUAUCACAUCAGCAUAGACUCGUGAUAUAAACCUGAUACAAAAUGGAAACGGUCAACAUUGUAUGAAUAAUGUUGAUAUUAUUGUAAUACUAUGACAUUUAUACAAUGUGUGUUAUAAACAAGUUGUAACUAA